AUGCGCCAAAACCUUGAUUGGUUGUCACUGGCAAAGUCCUUUGAGAGCCUCUCUUGCGCCAAGAGAUACUUGGAUAUCCAACUCUCAAGACUUCACCAACGUGCUGUCAGACUUGUCGGCCACAGUACGCUCGGCACGUUGGAUUCUCAGUGCCAUUUCACCGCCUCCUGGCGCCGUAGAUACAACCGCCGUCCAACCUCCAUCCUUCUUCGCACGUCGCCCGUCGGCUCUGCUUGUCGAGUCGUUCGUCUAGUGCUCCGUAAGAGUAGUUGCUGA